AAGGGAAGGGGAGGGGGGAAGAGAGAAAAGCGAGAGAGAGGGGCUAGUGGAUGUAGCUCUAGCUGUGGGCCGGGGGGUGAGCUACCCAGCCCGGGCUGCUCUGCCGAAACAUCCAUGGGUGGCUGUGUCGGGAGCCACCACGACUCUUCGGGCAGCUUAAACGAGAACUCGGACGGUACUGGAGUGGCUCUAGGGCGUAACCAGCCCCUGAAGAGAGAGCGGCCUAAAUGGAAAAGUGACUACCCGAUGACUGAAGGCCAGCUGCGCAGCAAGAGAGAUGAGUUCUGGGAUACGGCGCCAGCAUUCGAGGGCCGGAAGGAGAUCUGGGAUGCGCUGCGGGCUGCGGCCAGCGCCUUUGAGAGCAAUGACCACCUUCUGGCUCAGGCCAUCCUCGAUGGGGCCAGCAUCACACUGCCACAUGGAGCUCUGACUGAAUGUUACGAUGAACUUGGGAAUCGAUACCAGCUACCGGUCUACUGCCUCUCUCCCCCCGUCAACAUGAUUGAAGAGCGCUCUGAUGAGCCUGACGGUUCAGAUCCAGACUCUGGGGCUGCAGACCCGUCGACGGGGAGCGCCAGUGACCCCGACUCAGGAGGGGAGUGCCAGCUUCGACUGCGGCUCUCCACAGGUCGCGACCUCCGGCUGGCGGUCCGCUCCACCGACACAGUGGGCAUGAUGAAGCGUCGUCUACAAAGUCAGGAGGGUGUGCCUGCCGCAACCCAACGCUGGUUUUUCUCAGGUCGGCCACUGACAGACAGACUGCGCUUGGACCAACUCAACAUCUCCAGGGACUAUGUAGUGCAGGUUAUCCUCAGCCAGCCUCCACCACCAGAGCCGGUAACUUCAGCAGGACAUAUACCAGAGGCCUCUGGGCCAGUGGCAGUGGAGGGAGUGGAAGAACCCACGCCAGUGGAUAAUUAACUCGCCCCCCAACCUGGCAGCCUGGAGGUGGGCAUACCAGUGGGCUGGCAAUACAAAAGGAGGAGGAUAAGAAGGGACAAAAAAGAAAGGAUGAAAGUUGGAUUUUCUCUUUUGGUUUGCACUCUCUUCUCUUCUCUUCUCUUCUCUUCUCUUCUCUUCUCUUCUCUUCUCUUCUCUUCUCUUCUCUUCUCUUCUCUUCUCUUCUCAGUUAGUUGUUUUUGCUGAGAAGGGCUCUGUUUGGUCAGAGGUUGGCUAUCUGCCGGAGCAAAAAGGACUCUUGAAUUGAGAAAAGACUCUUACUUUUGGUUUUACACAUUGAAAUUUUGACCUUUUUAAAGUCUUUUUAACUGUUCCUAUGGAAACCAAACAACAAAAAGAGAACUUUGUCAGAUGGCUUAAAGGGUUUUCUUAGCAACGCUGAUGUUCGAUUGUUUCUGUGUUUCAGUUUCCAAGUUCUGUUUGUGAGGCUACAGGGUCAUACAUACAUUUUCAUUACAGAUAUUUUUAAUUCAGACAGUUUAGAAAGAAAUGAAUAAAAAUAGUUUAACAAUCACAAUAGUUAUUCAGGCGGUUCCUCUUCUUUAUAUGUCAAUCAAAUCAAGAAAACGCCAUCACCUGGGGAUUAAGUCAGCAUGGUAACAGCUGUAAAGAAAGGUGUUCUUUUGGUAUUUCAAGCAAACAGAUAUGUCCUCCCUCUUGACAAGAGGUUGCAGACAGGAGGGUAUGACUUGAUGUUUUACCAAGCUGCUGCUGGAUUAGAUACUUUAUUUCACUCUGCUUCACAGAACAAUCAGAGUAUUCAUGUAAUAAACAUAAAGUAGUCAGCCUGUGUGUGUGUGUAUGUGUGUGUGGGUGUGUGUGGAUGUGUGAGUGAGUGUGAAUAAGUGAUUUGAGCGCGUGGAUGUUCCUAUAUGAUCAAGACAACCACACUUCAUGUGGCUAAAGGGUGGACAUCAGAAACACAGUUACAUAUUUUGAUUAAAAAUAGAAUGUUUUUAAUUAAAAUGAUCAUUGUUUCGAUCUCUGUCUG